GAAUGAGACAGGGGGGAGGGUGGGGGGCACUGAGAGUGGGAAAGAGAGAGGCACAGGGAUAGCAGCAGAUGGACUGCCACUCGGCUUACAGCACACUUACAAAGGACAGCCUGUAUAUGUGACAGUAUGUGUGUAUGCAUGUUUAACAAACGCUGUGUGUAGAAGAAUGGUUGUGAGUCAGGGAGCGUCUUGGCCUUUUAAAACUGAACGCAGUAAGCAAUAAUCCUCUUGUGAUAAAGAAGGACACAGGCAAGUGAUCAGGAGACGGAAGAGGGAGCACUUUGCUCUUCACACUUGCCCAGCUUUCACAGGCAGGUGCAAGUCCAGCAAAAUUUCGUAGUAGCCUGUUAUCAAUGAACUUGCAGGAUUCUUUAUAAAUGCCACAAACAACAGCGGGACAUUUUAUUUGUCCGAUUUGAAUGAGGACAAGAUUUGUUUUUUCAAGGAUUGAUACGUGAGAAAAGGUUUAUACCCACUUUUGGAAACAGAGAGGGGGGUUUUCUAUGGUGAAGAUGAGUCUGGAUUCUGUGCAGGUGAUGAGCGGACAGGCCAAGGAACUCAAAGUUGCCCCUUCAUCCAAUGGUGACAGCAGAGGAUCAUGGGAAGAGAAAGAAGAGUUUCAUCAAGACAACUUGGGCCUCACAACCAAGCCAACACCAGUAAGUGUCACCAACCAUUCAUGAAUGCUGGUUCAUCUGUUUCUAUUUGUCAGUAUGUCUGUUUGUUAGUGGUAAGGAAAAAAUAUAGGCCUAUAAGCUACAUGUUUUUGCCUAAGGGUUAUGUACUCGAGCUAAAAGGGGGGAAAAGCAGAGUAAUCUUUGUUUAGCGUAGGAGGAUUAGUGUGGUCAGUGUGGUGUAUUUUUAGACAGUAAACAUCCAUCCUGCUAGACUACCAAUCCCAAUAUUGCUGCUUUUCAUUACCAUGAUAUAUGACUCUAACAUUAUUGACAGCACAGAUCCAUGUCUGCCUGAAAUGCUUUAUAAUACUCAGAUGUAUAGAAAACAUGUUUCCAGUUUUAAGAGAAAUUAAUAACACAUCAUGUAUCCAAUCGUUUCAUGUAAAAGGUGGAUUAUACUGUAGAUCUCUUAUUCAUAUGAGUGGAUCAUGAUAUAACCAUUUCAACUCAGUAGAAUGAGGUUGUGGCUGUGAUUACAUCUUAUGUGUGUUUGGCGUAUGGUUCAAUAUAUAAGCAACAUUUAUACUGAUGUUUCUAAGCAUGAUUCAUAGUGUAUUUGUAAAGAAAUACAUACAAUUUACCAGAUUGCACCUUCUAAGUUUGAGUACCGUUAAAUAUAAUAGACAUGAAUUUUCAAUAUUUAGCGCCAAAUCCCUCCAUUGUCUUUUCCAGGGUGCACACUUUUUUGUAGUUUCUUGUAGCCUAAUGAUGGCAAAAGAGAGUAGUGGACAAAAUACACUGUUUUAUUAGUUUAGAAAAAGUAUGAAUACUUCUGGCCCACUGCUACUCCAAUAAACAUGAAAGUUGCUUGUAUUUGAGUUAAAGUACUAGAAUACUUGCUUUUAAAAAUAUUUGUUUUUUGGGGUACCUUUUAAAAUAAUCUUAAAUAUUAUUGUAGUCCUACCAUGCAUUUGUGCAGGCAGAAGACACAGUUGCUCAUUUUGCUGGAUGAUGUUAGUUUUUAACAACAGUAUAUUUCAACUCACAUGCUACAGGUUUCCAUUUUUGAAGCUCCAAAUUAAUGACAAAACUUAUUUGAACAACCAACUGUAGAUUAAAAAUGGCAACCGCUUACAACAAGCACAGAGCACCUAAUUUAAAAUGUGUAUCUGGAAGGAAACAAAUGCAUGCUCUUUGCAGUUUGGCAGCGACCUUAUGUUGGCCCUAUGAAACUUUUUCAGAGAAAGCAUUUCAAAUCUUAGAAAUUAUUCUUCAUUUUAAAAUCUUCAAGACCUGGGCUUAAGAUAUAAAAUUCAUUAUCCUUCUUUACCACAGCUGUAAUUACAAUCCCUGCUUGUCUGGGUGCUGUUUGCUCUGCCUUUCCUCUACAUUUAGCCAUUAAGACAGGUGUUGUCUCGACAACAUCGCUUGGAGAGAACACAUGCAGAACUACGCAAACACAACUUAUUGUCUUUCAGAUCGGAUCUGUAGAAAGGAAGUAGUGAAGUCACUGUAAGUUUCUUCCCAAAAUGAUACUUGCAUAAAGAACUUAAAAAAUAGAUAUGCUCGUACACACAUGCUGCUUUUUAUUACUUAACACAUUUAUUUACAGCUGUUUGUUAAUGUUUAAAAUUGCACACAGUAUUUUUGGUAUCCUAGGCUGACUUACAUCCAGGCGCUUAAUUGUCUCCGAAAUGAUAUUUUUUACCUCAUAAUGUUUUUGCAUAAGAAAAUGUUUUUAUGAAUGAAGACCAGUAAUACACAAAUCGUUAGUUGUCAAAGGAAAUUAUGUGAAAGAUAAGAGAGAGAGAGAGAGAGAGAGAGAGAGAAAGAGAGAGAGAGAGAGAGAGAGAGAGAGAGUAAUGUAGCAUAUAGUUUCACUAAUGAAAGCAAUGAACCAAGAACCACCAUGAAUUCAGAUACACCAAAAGAGCAGGUCGGCAUGAUUGAGUAGCAUUUAUGAUGAUUAAGGACACUUAUCAAUGUUGAGGAUAUGAAAAAACCUCUUACAUCCAUUAGCAGUAAAUUAACUCAGGAAUAAGAAUUCAUCAUUGGCACACACACACACAUACACAUACACACGUACACAGACUAGGGAUGUUGUGCUAUUAUUAUAAACAGCAACAGCCUUGUCAACAACAUUGAUUGACACACAUAUGGACAAAUCAGAGCUGCAAACAUUAUGCAUUGUUUGGGUAUUUCAAUUGAUUAAAAUGGGAAAGGUUUUUUUUUAAAACUAGGACAUAUUAGAGCAUUGUAUUUUAUUGUUGGGACUCCGAUUGCUGUUUGAAUGUUGACGUUGAAUACAGGACAGGCCAGGUCAAACCAAAAUUACCCACUUUACAUCUCAAUGGCAGGAAAUGUGCUCAAGUUCUGGGUCUUAACUUUGGGAACUGAGCACUAUAACUUCAGGAAUAAAACAGACAAACAAAACAAAACAAAACAAAACUGUUACCGGGAUCAGUCAAUGAAAACCAAACUACUAUCUUCAGCUACAACCUUUAUAAUGUGCCUCUUUUAACAUGUAUAAUAAUAAUAAUAAUAAUAAUAAUAAUAAUAAUAAUAAUAAUAAUAAUAAUAAUGAGAGGAAGAAGAAGAUGAGAUAACAAGAUCUUUUUUUUUUUAUCUCCAAAGGGAAAUUUAAUUAAGAAGAGGAAGAAAGGUAAAAACCAAAGCAAUGGCUAUGUCCUAAAUCUUGGGCUGCAUCCUCUGAAAGACUAAAACUAAACUAAACUAAAAAAGAGACCAAAAUAACUAUUGCUAUGAAGGAUCCCCUGUUUGCAUCAUGACACUGGUGUCAUAUAGCACUGCCUUAUCACAGAGCAACAGGUAGCUUGCUGGCUUACACAGCCAGACACACGAGCUGGCUACAUUUGGAAGAGCUUUUGAAUUAGAACAGUAUUUGAUACACUGCUGUGAAACCAUGUGCACAUGCCACUGAAUUGGGUCACAGCCAACAUUUUGAAAGCAUAUUGGAAUGGAUGUUAGCUGACAUUAAAAAAGUUGAAGUCAUUCAUGUAAGAAAACAUAAAAGUUUAAUUGGACUUUUAAAACAUCCCAACUGGAACAAGCUGGCUACAUAGUGCAAGAAUGAGACUGUUUCUUACUGUUCAUGUCUUCUAAUCUGUUAUCGCUCAAUCAGCUAGCAAGCUGGCUGAUAAAAUCUGCCUGCAACAGUUUGAAAUCAGGGACUGAUGGAAACUGAAGCUUUUAGUAUUUGAACAAUUAUAUGCCAGACUAUCUUAAAUUUUUUAUGCUUUUGGUGAUUCAAUAACAUUUCAGUUAUGCAAGUGUUAUCCUUUCACAAUACAUGAGAUUAAAAGGCACAUGUCAAUUCCUUGUUCUUUGAAAAAGGAUACUAUUGUCCUGAUCUCAGCUGACCCAGGACAUCAGUAUGACUUCCAUAGUGCGCAGUCAUACCUCUGUCACCAUAUCUACCAACGUGUGAAUGAAUAACAUCAUCGUUGGCCUUUUACUAAUCUAAAAAUAUCCGCCUACCCCCAUCCCCACCACCAUACUGCAAACUGCUCCUCACCCCCAGUCACUCAAGUCUCACUCCCACCUCAAUUUGCUUAUCUACACUUCCCCCUUUGCUCUCUAUUUGAAUGUCUUAUGUCAGGAAACCCAUACAUACUCCCCUUUUCAUCCUUAGAUCAAGGAAAAGAUGUCUCAUACGCUCAGAGAUAUGGGUAGAGAUUACUCACAGAUCCGUCUUGUUCAAUGAUACCAGUCCUACUGAUCUUGCAAGGCUCUGACUGGAUUAUUAUGAAGGAUCAAAGAGGUUGAAGGUUCCCCAGUUAAUCUUUUUCAGUGCUUUACAGGACAAGAAUAGAACUGUUCUCUUUGACGGUGAUGCAAAGAAGUGCUCCAAAUUCCCAGCAGGUUAAACUUGUUUUGACUUACCAGCCAUCAACCAAAUCAAUAGGAGGAGAUAAUAGUUACAGUGGGCUCCUGUGCAGAGGAGCCUUGUGAUAGAUGCAUUCCCUGAAAGAGGACAGGCUGUAAACACUACUUGUAUCAUAUCACAGCAAAGAACUGGCUCUGGAGUCAGUCAUUCCCAGACAGUGUGACAUGUUAUUCAUAGAGUAAAGUGACUCUAAUGGUUAAGCUUCACUAAAGGUCUCAUGUAUACAAAGCUGUCACUGAGCAGCAUCUGAAAAGAGGUUUCUGAUUCAACAGCCCACUGUCUCAUUGUUUUCUUUACUGCUAUCUGUCUUUAUAUGUGACCAUAUAUUAGGGUCUGUGUUUAAGGAUCGCAACUUAUAAGAAUGCAAAACUUUGUUGUAACAGAUUCUUUACAAGAAAAAUUUGAGAUAUUGCAUCACAAGUUGUGCUUUGAUUAGAUGGCUUGUCAAUGAACUUCCCUUGUAAAUAUAUGAUGUGUGAUUAUGAUCAAAAACAAACUGUCAUUGUGCUAAGGUGACAGGAAGGCGAGCUCGGAAGGUGGAAGGGGGCGUGUUCUUUGUAAGUAUGUCCUAUAGUGAGGUCAAAGGCUGUGCCCAUGGCUACUGAAUGACCAUCACCAUUAGCCUUUCACCUACUUUUAACCUCCACUGUACAGCUUUUGUUGUGCCUGCAUGACCACACACAUUCACUGCAUUAAUCAGCACUAAGAUACUUCUGUUGUCUUGAGAUUGCACUGGAAUUUUUUUUUAUCCAAACUAUGGAAAAAUAAAGCAUUUCACAAGUUGGUUUGCUUGUCUGGAUUGCUGACAGAAUCCACCAAGUACAAUAUUGAACAUUUCAAAAAUAUACUCUGAGAUGUAAUAUUGUAUCUUUUUAACACUUUGGUGGGAUUUUGUAGAUGCAGAGGGGCAGGUACUCAGUACAAUGGCUGUUAGUCCUCAAUUAGGAAAUCCUGGUACAAAGUGGAGCCAUGCAUUUUCCGGUUAAGGGGUCCUCAAGUGGGCUCUGGUUGCCUCAAGUGAUAAAAAAGGGGUUAUCUAAACAGCCCCUAGAGUGGGUGAAAGUAACUGAGCUAUGUACACCAUCUAUUAUUUAUUAAACAUACAGGUCAUAUGAUGCAAGUAAAAAAGGAACUCUUAAUCAAACUUGUGCAGGAGUAAAAACAAAGGGAAAAAUGAUUGAUGUACUUGAACAUGGCUUAACUUCAGCAGUUUGAUUACAGUGAAUACGUUGGAAUUAUAUAAGAGAAAGAAGACAAGAAGCCCACAUUUUGCCCAAGUGUGUGUGAGUUUAAGUUUCACCUUUUCAGAUGACAUACUGUAACUUGAUUCUUGUCAGUGUGUGCUACAAAUACUGCCCCCACAUUUGCCUGUGUUCUGUGUACACUGACAUUAGAUGACAAAAACUGGAGGGGAUGAGGGGCUCUUCCUGUUAAGCAUUUGGUGUAACUUAUCUCUUAUUGAUACUUAUAUCUAAUAUCCUAUUAAUUAAGAGAAAAUUUAAGAUAAGAAUGAUAGUAACACUGGGAUGAUUCAUUCUGACAGGAUGAUUUUUACAGUAGAUAAGUUAUGUACAUGUGUUUUUGUGUGUGUUGCGAUAUGUUGGCAGGCAGUGUUAGUGUAAUGGAGUACAGCUGAGCAAGUACAAUAAUUCACUGCCCCUGUCCGCUUGUGGCCUAUUAACCAGCACAGAGUGAUAGGUGCAUGAGGAAAAAGCUUGCAUGCAGACUACUGACAGUAUAUAAAAUGAGUUAAUGUGUAUUAUCACUCAUAAGCAUGCAAAGAUUAGCAGUAAGUACUCUUCCUUUUUUUUUUUCCUGUUUUUUUUUGCAUUACAUGGAGAGUAAGAUGAACAUCUUAGUACAAAAAGUAAAAACAUCUUUUUUUGUGAAAUUAAUGUGUUACAAUAUAAAUUCCAUUAAUAUUGUAUUGAAAAUACAGGCAACAUUUCAAAGUUUGUGAUGCAAACAAAGUCAGAGUACAACCUUAUCUUAUAUGUUGUACCACAUAUUGAGUCACUUUUAGACCAAGUCUUGUGACCUGAUACAAACCCCACUCUCUCCAACCAGACUUCACCUGAGGUUAGCUGCCUGCUGCGGUCACUAAAGCUGGCUGCCCUCAAAGGAAUGUCUCCUCCCCAAUUAGACACGUGCACUGCGUGUAUAAACACACACUUGGCAAUAUGAGCACAACAUGAGGCCAGUGUGUCAUCUAGCACUGCUCAUACAAGCUGUCUGAGCUCAUUUUGUCCUCUCAGUCAGGAUUUACAGACUAGCUGAGGAACCAGAACUGAAAAAAGGUCACCUGUCACACUUUUUAAAAGUGUAAAACGUUUUUUUUAAUCUUCUUAUCAAAUCCAUCAUCCUGUGAAUAAAAUCAUUCUUGAAGCUGCAAAUGGUACCAGAGUACUUUUUGAAAAUGCAAACUCCACUCCACUUCUACUGUGACAUUUAAGGAAUCAAAUAGAACUAAAUUUCUGCAUGACCCAGAAAAGAUUUUCUCUCUCUCUUUUUUUUUUUUAUUUUUUAUUUUUUUAAGACAUAAUGCUUUCAAGUAGUACUGCUUUGUACAGUUCCACCAGCAACUGGCCAAUUAGAAUCAAGUGGUUAAAACAGACGGGUUAUUAUUAAUAACAUGGGUCAUCAGUUAUGAACAAUGCUACUCAUCUGGAUUGGUUUUGUACAGGCCCUAUGUAUGGGGCGCCGUUUGUAAAGUGGCUCACGCUGAAAAAAAACGGCAACAUUUUGCUACAUUUAGCUUCAAACAACGUUUAAAAAACUGGUAUGAACUUUUGACGGUCACUUUUUUUGCACACUUACAACAAUAUUUGUCAACUUAGAGAUAUUUUAAAUAGUUAAAUCUAAAUAUUAAAUGUUACGCCUAAAUGUUAAAUGUUAAAUCAAAAUAUUAAAUCAAAAUUCUAAAUCUAAAUGUUAAAUCUAAAUGUUUUAGGUGAAACUAAAUAUUUAGCUAAUAUGCUAAUUCAAAUGCCGGUAACCGGAAAUACCAAAAUAAAAGCUCGAGGAUGUCAAUGUGUGUUUAUAGCGUCAAAUAAUGAAUAAAACCCAUCUCAUCCGGGGAAAUGGACCCUUGUACAUGGAUUAUCGUGAUGAUAACUACCUAAAAUAAUAAACAUGUUUGGAUAAACUUUAUUUGAAGGGUACUUUGAGCUUUUAGUGUCACUUUUGUGAGGGGUACGGGACUUAUGAUGUCAUCAUAAAACUUUAUGAUAUUGCCCCCAGGGGAAUUAUUAUUUUUUUAAAUAAUUGCAGCACUUGUGCAAGCCUUUUUAACGCAUUUUUAACAAGGUCUGUUUAGGGUUAUAGUUGUGCAUCACAAAUAAUAAGACUCAUCCAUUCCUGUGACACCUUUUUCCUUGUCUCCUCCUGUGUUGUCAGUCCAUCAUUCAUGCUGGCUCAUCUUUUUAGCCUCUUGUUCCUCUAUAUUUGACCAUUUCCUCUGUUACUACUCUUUUCUGCAGCCAAAACCAGAAAAUGCAGUGACCAUUGCUGUUUCUACUCGAGUUUUGUUUCGUACUGAUCGGGAGCAGAAGGUGUUUCAGCAGAAAGGAGUCGAGGAGUAUUUGAGAUACCAGAUUGAACAUGAGAAUGAACCUUUUGCCCCUGGGCCUGCAUUCCCCUUUGUAAAGGUGAAAGUGACAGAUAUAAGAUAUAGAAUUAACAAAAUGCUAGCUUGACUUGUAUUGCUCCCCACUUAUUUUUGACUGUUGAUGUAUUUUGACAGGCUCUAGAGGCGGUAAACGCUCGACUGCGGGAGCUGUAUCCACAAAGUGAAGAACUCUUUGACAUUGUUUUGGUGACGUACAAUCACGCACACGUAGGAAUCCGACUCAUCAACACCAUCAAUCAUCACAGUAAGCUUUCAUGGAGACUAAACUAUGAAGUGGACCCAAACUGAGGGAGGGCUUCAAUCUGAACACCAUUAUAUCAUUGUUAGUCAGUGACAAUGUUUAGACAGGUUAAAGUCUCAAUUUGUAAACUUCAACACUUUUCAACAUUGAUGAUCCUCAGAGGCAAUAUUAAUGGAUAUAGUGCAACAGACAAAUGGUGACUUCUAGAAUUCCCUGUUAUUGAAGAGUAAUGCCAACCUUACAUCAAAAAACAUAUUCAACAACAGAACAUUUCAAAUGUCCAAGUUAAUCAUGUGAGUGGAGGCAGACCCCUACAAUGAACAACAUGUAAUGAACAACAUCAGCACUAAAAAGUCUAUGUAGCCAGAGACAUAAAAAAAAAACUCCAGGGAAGGAAAGGCAUGUGCAAACACAAGAGUUACCUUUAUGGCCCAAUUAAAUGUAAAGUCAUAUAUGCUUACUUGCUGGGUGCCAGGAUACAGUGUAGAUUCAGCAGGAAUUUGUUUUUGUGAACAGUUAGUUUAAGCCUGGAGUGCAGCCUGCCGCAUGUCAGCUCAAAUGUUGGCAGACUUGGUUAGUGCAUGUCUACAAACUUUGAAAAAUAAGAUUAAAGCUGUCAUACUAGCUUUAUGUGAUGUCUGGAAGUAAUGUCAGUAAUGCUCAAUAUAAAUAAGGAAAUAACUUGAAGUUGCUAGGAAUCUAAACAAUGCUACGACUGCAGUAGAUAUCCAUGUACAUUAUAAAGAGGAAUUCGAAUAAAGAUGGCAAAUGUUAAGCACAGGUCUAACUCAGAAUGCAUUUUAUGGGGUUGGUGUCUUGUUUCAUUGAUUUUGGGGUUUAAUGUUUUAGUUAUGCAACUUCAACAUUUUGGGGGGAAAAAGACAAGAUCCAAAUAUUGAUGUAAUGGCAUGGUCCGAAAUUUAGAACACCAAAGCUGACGCAAGCACAGCUCAGAGGCAAACAACAAGUUGUAUGGACAGCUGAGUGUCAAGAGCCUUCCCAGGAAAAUUUCCCACCCUGAAAUGACGUUGUUCUCUGAGACCGUUUCCUGUUUAGCUUCUUAGAUGUUUUCAGAUCCCCAGAACUUCAGGUCUGGAUGAGUUCAACACUAACCCCUUUGGGAUGUAAGAAUAAUCCAAGAGGCCUUACUUCUAACAAACACAAAUAGGUCCAAGCGGAGCCACAAAGCAACACACAGAGGACUCAGUGUUUUUUAUCUCUUUGGUGAAACUCUGCAUGAGUGGCCCAGCACAUCAAACCAACCCCUGAACUCUGACCUUUCUGACUGAGCUAUAGAAAAACAUGGGUUCUCUGAUGUCGCAGACAGAAGGUUCUGUUCAGCAUCAUCCACACAGUGUCAGUCAUAGUUGGGGUUCCACAUAAAAAAAAAAAUAAAAAAAAAAAACACUUUAACCAUGAGGACCAAAGAGAAGUGUUCAUGUCGCCAUUGUCAUAUGAGUAGCUGCUCACACAAGCUAUUUUUAACAGCUGCAGGAUGAGGAAUACAAUUUAUGCAUGCAUUUUGCAAAAUAUUCUGGACUGAGCAGUUUGUCAUGAUGGAGCUGUUGGGUCUUUGAUGUGACAGCAGCAGUCCUGCUGAUUUCCUGCUUUCCUGUUACUAUGUUUUAGAUCUUUUGAACAAACAAAUAUGUCUCACAAAGAGAAAUUAUCCCAAAACAUUGUUACAGGGAAAAAAAAUAACAAAGAAAUCAACAUUAAGGAAGUUUCCCAUGCUCUUGCUUUUACAACAAGCGAAUGUGUGGGAGGUUUGAUAUCAUGAAGCACAGUGGAGGACCAGUCAGAUCCACCAAGGCCUGUCUGAAAAACUUGAUGAGCCAUUUAAAGACCCACUCUGAUGAAAAUCAUGUUGUUGUCUACAUGUUUAUAUGGCAUUUUUCUGAUGCUAAAGGACAUAUCAUGAGAAAACUAAGCGCAAAGUUGCAUUCAAAUCGCUGUGAAUCUCUGGCAGGCCCGAGCGGCAGGCUCAGGCACAGAUUUCCUAUGUCAUAUAUCCAAGCUCUGUCCCCAAAGCCCACACUCAGAAACGUAGAGAGGACGAUCGUGGUACAAGCGUGUGUGUGUUAGUGGAUUGCAGUACUCCUAAGAAAGCUAAAUAUGAUAUUAACUUUCAUAGUUUCCCUAAAGACAUUAGUGUCUGAGAGCUGGUUCUUCUACUACACUAAUGUUAGGCUGCAAGCUAGCGUGAAGAGGAGUGUGCAGAGCUGCACUGUCUCCCCUCACGUCUCAGAGGCGAAUUGCUAUAGAGCUAGUCAGGCUCUGCAGAGGAAAAGCCCUUGAAAAUGACACAGCUAACGUGAUGUUGGCUAAAAACGUCAUAAUCACAACUUAAAGACCACUGGGAACACUUUGGGCCUGAUCUACUAAGAUCCCAAAUAGGGAAUGCUAAAUUGUGUGUGCAAACUAAAUAAAAUUGCAUGUGCUAUUAGUGGGCAUGUUGCGGGUGAUCUACUAUGAUUGCAUGCGCAAAUGAUAACAGGUGCAAAAGUGGUCUUUAAACAAGGAUUUUGUGUGCGCUAUCGACUGUCACCAUGGAGAGUUUGUGAGAGCAGAGUGAUCAUAGAUGAAAAAUGAAGUAUGAAGCCAUGGAGUUGCACCUAUUGUUUUGGGAAAGCCAGCAACUUCAUAAAAGGCAAGGGAAGUUUAUUUGUAUAGCAUCAUUUUUCAAAGUGCUUUACAGAUGCAAGAAAAUAUGUUGAAAAUGAAAAAAAAAAGAUAUUCAAACAAUUUAAAAUCAGUAAAACAAAGAGAUACAUUUUUGCUACUGUUCCAUGUUUGAUCUAAUUAUUUAUCAAAACCGUCAUUCACUAGAAAAAUGCUUUUGCAUCUUUGCCUCCUUCUCCUUACAAUCACUGCAGCCAUUUGCGUGUAACGCUGAGCCAGUUUGCACAUGCCUUUCAGACGUGCUAAAUAUAGACGCAAAACAGUGACUGCAAUCGGUUUCCAGGUUUGAUAAAUCACAUUGCGGGUGCUAAAUGAUUUCAUUUGCAUCUGCUCCUCGCAGAAUUUUGCGCGGUCAGAUGAUCUACAUUCAAUUUGCAUAUUCAUGAAGGCCAACACGCUAAAUGGGUUGUGCACGCUGUUUUGCUAAUUUGACAGACAUAAUACUUGGUAGAUCAGCUUUGUGCGCGCUAUCAAGUUUGCACGUGUUUUUGCACACUCAAACCUUUAGGACUGAAGUUCUCAAGUCCAGUCCUCCAGUCCUUUUUUUCCUCCUAUGUUUGAAACCUUUUUUGGAGUGACAAGAUGCAUCACAUAUUGUUACCUUCUUAAAAUAAUGGCCUAUGUGACCUUUUGACAAAAAUUACUUUUCCCCCUAAGUCAGUCCCUCAUGAUGCUGCCCAUCUCUGCUAGAAUUGCCUAAAUUCUCAGUUAAACAGACCAUGUGAUACUAUCCUUGUAGUAUAAUCAUCUACGAGUGUGAGUAAGGACAAUUUCUGGGAGUAUUCAGAAAAAUUUCUUAAAAACUUGAUCAUUGAUUUGGGCCGUUGUUUUAAGAGGGUGACGAUAUUGCUAGUUCUUGCCGAUGUUUAGGUCACAGCAGUCUGACAGCAUCUGUAUGUUUUUGUUCAUCUGUCUCCUUUUGCUCAUUCCUUAUUUCAUGUCACAGGGUAACAAAAAUGCUAUCACAAAUGCAUGAACCACUGUUAGCAUUGAGAAUGCAGUCAACCUACUACUGCAAUCAAAUCUACUACUUUACUCAGCAUACUAGCAGUAGUGAGCUCGUAGCAACAGAUGCAUUAAGACAGUUUUAGUUUUGUAGAAGGUCAAUAAUAGCAAUAAGCUAACAUUACUUACCAUCAUCAGCAGAAGACCUGUUGCAAAGCGUAGUGUUGUAUCUAAUUCAUCCGUGGUGUGUAGAUGCAGAAGGAGAUUUUGUUACGUUGGCUUGCUUGUACAGUAAAACUUCAUCACAAGGACAGCACCAGAAUCGAACAGGCACCGUGGAUGCAGGGAGACGACUGCCAAUGAUGUCUUUCUCCUUGACUUCAGUUUGAGCACCUCUCAUAUAGAAUUAGGAGGUACUUACACAUCAUACACGUUGAUGAGAACUGGACUCUGGUUUUAAAUUGUGAGACACCAACUGUUACUGGCACAAUUAGUCACAGGAUAAAGGGAAGAGGCAGAAAGAAACAGGUGAAGUAAACAGACAAGAAAGGCUUCCUCUAUAUUCAUUGGAAACAUUUUCAAGGAAGCAUAACUUCAUCACAUGUGAUUUCACAGUAGAUACCUCAGUAGCAACAUCACAGAACUCUACAAAAUCUCCUAGUUCAACAACUGGUUUAGAUCCAAGAAUUUGAUCCGGAUGUCUGUGUAGUUUCUCAUUCAUUCAGGUCACGGUUAUCCAAUUCUUUGUUGAAAGGGUAACUGGGCUUGCUUGAGGUUCUUGCAGAUGUUCCGAGAACUGAAGAAGCCUUUUAAAAGAGAGGUGAAAUGUCUUCAAGAACCUCAAGAAAAUCCAGUUGCUUUUUUAACAAAAAAUGGGAUAAUUUGAUCCAGCUUGACAAACGAGGGGAAUUUUCUCUCUCAUCACUGGAACCCGCCUGUGUUAGUGUGCGGCAAAGCAGUGAGAGCCCUCCUCAUUCAUAUAUCUCCAAGUUUGUAAACUUUUGUAAUUUUGUUGGUGGCAUCCAACAUUUGAAAAAAUAUGCUUUUUUGCCCAACAAACAUUUGACCCCAAGUCAACCCACAAGUUAUUUUGUAGGUUAAUUUUAAACCAGCUUCCAACAAUGUGAAGUGACCAUAACACAUGACAUUUGUUCACUGGUAUAGUGGAAAAAUAUAGUUGUGAUGUAAUUAUGAAAGGACAGCCCUGCCCUUAUGUAUGGGCAUUGUUUGUGCUCUGGGCCACUUUAGUUUACUUAUGUGUGAACACAAAAUGUCUCAGGGAAUACAUAAUAAUACAACAAUGUGCCAUUUUAUCACUUGAAUGGAAUCAAAGCAAACAAGCUAAAGCUGUAACAGCACCUGAGGUAACGCUUAAUAUGACAACUUAAGCAUUUGUUUUACUGGAAUAAAACUUGUUUUGUCAACCAGUCAGUCUUGUUUCUGCUGUUGACAAGGGUUUUAACAAUGAAGACAGGCCACAAAGUCAAAAAACUACAAAUUUGCUCACUAAUAACAACUAAAACUAUUUUAUUUUGCUUUAUUUGUUAUAAGAGACAUUUGUAGAGAAAAUGUGCUAUGAUGCACACUGGAUGGUGCGGCAGACUAAAAAAAAUGGAAAAGAGGGCUGAUUGAUCACACUCUACAAGGGGGCAGCACUUAUGGCUUUUUGAAAGCCCACUCUGAAGGGUUAGGUAUGAAUGAGUGACCCUCUAAGCCACCCUGAACCCUAAACCACCAACAACAAAACACACAGAGCUCAUGCAUCAGGUUUGGAUGCCAACAGGAACCUGAAAUGUAGGCUUAAUCUACAAGCCAGGCUAUGCCAGUUUCAGGUCCAUCUAUUUGACAGUUCUUCAGACAACUUAGGCUGUCAAGAGUUCUAUUUCUUUAUUUUUAUAACAUCAAAUUGCUGGAAAGACCACUAAAUGUUUAGCAAGUGGGAAAAAAAGGAUUUGCAGAACUAGCAGAGCUUUAAUUAAAAGGCAUGACCUUGCCCUCGCAUUUUCCAUAAUGGCAGUCUAAUAACCAGAGUAUUCUAACCUUCACUAUUGGAGAACUGUACACCACCGAUCUUACCCACUUAUUAUUUUCAAUAAUAAUUCUCAGCUCUCCUUCAAACUCAUUUCAUCAUUCUUCAUAAUGUAAGUCUGGUACUCUACUCUUGUGGCCUUUCCAGCACUAAUCUUCUGUUAUCUCUGAACCUCAAACAUUUUACCUGAGCAGCUCUGUAAGGAUCCAAUUACUUAAUAUAAGUCUCCUCUUGUUUCCCAUCUCUUCACUAUUCAAUGAAUCAGCCAACAGCUGUGAAAUUAAGAGCCUUUUCAAGCCAAACUGUAAAUAGACACCAUCCCACCAGUCUUAAUUCCUUGUGCAUCUGUACAGCCUUGCCCCUCCAACUGCCCCCCUUUAAGUUAACCUCCUCUUUGGACUCUUGCCCCCGUUAAAGUGCAGUAAGUUUAUCCUCUCACGCUGCCCUUACCCCCAUUCUCCCCCCCACUUUCCCCCUCAUGACCCCUGGAGUUGCUUAAAUGCACUACAUGACAAAUCCAAAGCCACUGAAUGGGAUCACUCUUUCACUUUUAAAAUUAUGUCAUAUUAUUGCAUUGUAUUGAUGUCAAUUUGUCAAGGUCUGUCAAGAUAAAAACCUGUGACAGAACUGUAAUGGGUCUCUUAUCUGCCCUAUGACAUUUAACACAGAGUCUGUGUACUGAAACGAGAAACCUUGUUGCUGUUUGCUCCUCUUACUUCCAGACUUGUUCAUCGAGAGGUUCUGUAUGACAGGGGGCAGCAGUCCCAUCGGCUACCUGAAAGCCUGGCACACCAACCUCUAUCUGUCUGCUGACUCUGAAAAAGUUAGGGAGGCGCUGGCUGAGGGUAAGUACACACAUCCACACACAGAUGAUAGGAUAUGCCUUAAUGUGUCUGCGAAAAAGGUUCACAGGUGGUGUUGAUGGAUAACAUGAUAAAUCGAGGAUUUGUUCCCCUGUCCCCAUGUCAACUUCUUCAGCUUUUGCCCCAACUCAAGAAAGACUGUAAUGGCAAUCAAUGACAUGUUUGUACACCAGGUACUCACUUGUGCCUAUUCAGCAAAUGUAAACUCCUCUCCUCCUGCCAUACUUCAAAGAACUCUUUCAUUGUUUUCCUUUGACACAAUUAACAUUUAACUUUGCAUUACCUCUUACUGUCUGAAAGAUCCAUCCGGAAGAGAAUUUCUGUAUCUUUUGUUGAGCAAACUUGACAUCCUGACAGCAUCCAGGUCUUAUUGUUUUCUCUCAGUAAAUUAGGACAGCUACUGUUAUGGGUUACAUUUCAGUGUGAGUUUAAAGUCCAGCACCUCAUGGUACAGACGACCAGUUUCACAACCAUACAGACCUGUAGCGAAGACUUCCAUAUUUUGUCAAAAUGUGCAUUAAAAACCUUGCAAGUAAAAGGGACCCUGCCUCAAGCCUCAGGCUAUUAAGUUUAAUUCAUCAGUUGAUUCAGAAAGAUUUUGUAAAGCCAAGCUCCUUCCCUAAAAAACUGUUCAAUUGAUAUUCCUGGUAUUGAUCAGCAGAACUCCCCAAAAGACACUGUCAUCUACUUUGGCCAUUUCUUUUGUUAAGUAAUAAUGCUGAAUAGAGUACAAAUGUAGGUUAGGGGCUUGGUCACGUCUGUGGGAAAAAAAAAAAAAGUAAGGAGAUCAGAAGCUCUGCUGACAUGCUGAUAAAAAUGAAAUAUUAUAUUUAUUUUAAAUAUUAUAUAAUGUAUCAGUGUUAGCAUUGUCAGCACAAAAUCUUCAGGUUUAAAUAUCUUGCUUGUUAGGGGUGAUCCAGAUCCUUCAGGGUCGCAGUGUCUUUGUGUAGAGGGCUGGGAAAAAUUGAGUGAAGUGCUGACUAUUCACAAUAUCACCACAUAGCCUUCAAGGUGACUUCAGGGAUAUUCCUCAUGUGACUUACAGUACAUGCUUGAUGUAGCUAAUAGCUAAUGUGACCCUGUGAGAAGUUCCCACCCACCAGCGCCCACAACAAAUACACACACUGACAGAUAAGAGCAAAGAUAUCGUCCUUGACAUUUUGGCUUAAAGGUCUUUCAUUUGUUGUAAAUUCAUCUGUUAAUGCCUCCUGUAAGCUGAGCGCUCACAAGUAUCCCUUAGAGUGUUUUCUUAAAGAUGCAGUGUGACUUAUUUAGGGGCAUUUAGCAGAACAGCCUAGAAUUGGACUACAGUGUACAAGUCUGUUUAAAUUAGUGUAUCAUCACCUGAACAUAAAAAUCAUUUUGUGUUUGUUGACCCAGAAUGAGCCUUUUACAUCUAAAUAGAAGUGUUACCCUUUAUAUGGAGGUCACCAUGGAAAGGCUGCACAAAAUGCACCAAUGCACCACGAUUCUCUCUGUGUGUCUGGCAGGUAUUGCAGCAGCCACCAUGUUUUUGCCAGAGAAGCAGACGGAGGUAUCUGAGUCUCAGCUGAGGGUAGCAUUUGAUGGUGAUGCUGUCCUCUUCUCUGAUGAAUCUGAGCGAAUCUUCAAGGCUCAUGGGCUGGACAAGUUCUUUGAACAUGAGAGAGACAAUGAAGACACACUACUGGAUCAUGUACGUAGGUCACUGGAAGACUACGCUAUUUAAGUGCUGAAAUAUUGCCUAAUAUGUCAGAACAGAGUAACAGAAUUAUUAGUGUCAUUGCAAUAUAGGUGAGGUUAGUCUUUUUUCGUCACCUGUGAUGAAGGAACAGAACAGCUUGCUACAAAAUGAGAAAAUUUGAUUAAAAUGAGUAAGAAACAGAAGUCUCCUUUGGUGGUUUUCAGUGUGUUGUUCUGUUAUUAUCACUGAACUGUGCUUCAAAAUGAUAAAAAUAGAAUGUUUUAUCUAUUCUUGGGAUGCAUCAUCAUAAAUCUAUGGCUUUAUGACACCAAUAAAAAAUCAUUGAAACAAUACAUCCCUCUCUGCUUUAUCUGACAGGGUCCACUGAAGGGUUUUUUGGAGGCACUGGGGAAAUUGCAAAAAAAGUUCUAUGCUAAAGGCCAGCGUCUCAACUGUCCCAUCCGCACAUAUCUGGUUACGGCUCGUAGCGCAGCAAGCUCUGGGAUCCGGGCGCUGAAGACACUCCGAGCCUGGGGCUUGGAGAUCGAUGAGGCUUUGUUUCUUGCAGGAGCACCAAAAGGCCCCAUGCUGGACAAGAUCAGGCCUCACAUCUAUUUUGAUGAUCAGAUGUUUCAUGUGGAGGGAGCAGCUGAGAUGGGAACCAUUGCUGCCCAUGUGCCAUAUGGUGUGGCACAAAAACAUAAUGCCAAACAAAACACAAGUGUAGGGAAGUAGACAACAAGACUUCAUGUGAACAAAGGACCGAAGAGAAGAAACCUUUGAAGAAGAGCAAAGUAAAGUUAAGACAUUUUAUAGGGCUUGAAAUGAGAAAUCUGACAUAUAUGUGGAAAUGAAUAAUUUCUGCACUGCAGCAAAUGUUGUGAAAGUUUAUUCUAUCAGAAUGUAAAUUGUUUUAACCUACACUGACAUAAAAGGGGUUGGUCAAAAAGAGGUCUGGAACCUGAGAUGGCCUCAAUUCAAAGUAUCACUCAGCUUUACAUUUAAUGGGCUUGAUCUGGUAAAUAAUAGAGGCUUUUGUUGGAUAAUUAACUAUAAUUUAUAAUGAAGAAGGUGCUUAAUUGCUGUGAUGAUCUUUAAUAUAUGUCAUUGCUGCAUGAUCAUAAAGAAGAUACCUCUCUAAUGGAGAUAAGUGACAUGUGUGAAUGACACUGAAAAAAAAACAACAUUUCUGUUAAGUGAAGCACAGAGAAUUAAUUGUAUGUUGAUUGAUAAAUCAGCCCCACAGAGAAUGUAGAGAUGUUUUUAAGUGAAAAAAAAAGUUAUAUUAUGUAACACAUGAGUUAUAAUUUUAGAUUUAACAAGAAUGUAACAUUGUAAUUUAAAAAAAUGCAUGUUUUAUUACAUAGUAUUUACAGUAUUUUCUUUUUUCACUUUAUCUUAUAUAUAAGUUCCCAACAAGAAAGCCAUAUAUUUCAGUUGGUGCCUCAGUACUGAUGUAUAGUCUGUUUAGGCCAUGUGGUUGGUAGAGGUUUUGGUUUAGAUAGUUUUGUUGCAUUUGGUAAAGAUACUUGUGGACUGGGAACAAACUUUGGCCCUGAUAGUUUAUUCUUAGCAAAAAGCUCAACUCAAAACUAAGCAAGUGUUUGUGUCUUACUUGUCAUGAAAAAUGUCCCAAUGUGCCACAUGAAUCAAGAGUAAUGAAAAGAAUACAAAUAAAGAAUAGAGAAAAUUUGAUAGGUAAAAUUUGUCACCUGACUGACAGAUUCUUUUACUCAAUGAAAGCAAACCAGGUCUUAUUUUUCACUUGUUUAAUCCCAGAAAAAGACAAAUAUCUGAACUUCGCAGGUGAAUAUGGCUAAUAAAAAGUCUAAAACACAUUCCCACACAAAAUCAGUCACAAAAAACACAAGUUUUGCAGUGUACAAACAUGGCUUUGCUGAUUCACGUAAAGCUAUUUGUGCUAUGUAUGACGUAAUAAUAAAAAGAGGCUUUUUUCCAUUUCAAGUUUUUUUUUAUCAGUGUCAAAAAGAAUAAGGGCUUUACAGAGUAUCACUGACUCUCAUUGCUUGAAAGCCUCCCCAGCUGCUACUGUUAGAAUAUUUCAGCUGUGCAGGCAGUUGAAGACUGAAAUAUCAACAUAACAGACAUUAAAAAAAAGCAGCUAGCUUGGCUUGACUGCCCUCUCCUGUACAUAAAGGCAAAUACACAGAAGUGCUCAGCUUAUUUAUUAUCUUUAAUCACAUCUAAAUAUUAAGUUGGUGAUCAAUUUUUUUUAUUUAUUUCAGCUUUAGCAUUACUUUGACUGAAAAACAUAAAUCCAUCCUUCAUUGACAAAACUGGCCCCCAAUUAAUUUUUUACUGCCAUUUCACCUCAAAUCACACAUGGCAGCAGCAGUCAGAAAGAUAUUUUCUUUGAUCUGAAGUUUUCUAACAACAACACAUUUGUUAAGAUUUUAUUGACACUUUAAAAAAGUUGGGAAAUAAUUAAUUCUGCAUGAGAGAAAUGUAAUAAUUUAAGUUCCUCCUGGUUUUAUGUAAGAUGAAUACAUAGAGUAAAUCCUGAGCUGGGAAACAUGAUAUGCACUCCUUCUUUUAACCAUUGAGUGGCAGCACUGGAAUGAUAAAUGACAUCCUGCCAUCCUGUCAUCUUUCAUGUUCCUCUCUUUACAUGUUAUUUUAUGUGGACAAUUAAAGUUGAAAAGAUUUAGCUCAAGAUUUAUCAUGCAACACAAUCCAAAUAUAAACGUUACUAUAAAUCAUGUUAAAUUUGUCUUUACAUCUUUUCUACUUCUUUCAUCUUUUUAAAUCUUGUCUUUUAUCCUUUACAAGUUUAUUCUUUCAGUCCCCACCUUAAGCAGAAUCUUACUACCCCCUCGUUUUUUUGUUUGUUUGUUUGUUUUGUUUUGUUUCGUUUUAGACACAUCUGUGAUAAAUGUGCUAAUAUGUUCACUCUUUCCCAGCUGAUUUGAACCUCCCAGCAGAGCAUGGCUAACAGAAGCCUGAAAGCA